AAUAUUAUUACAGAUGAUCACUCGCGAGUUAGACUUGCGCCUGUGGAUGGUGAAGAAGGGUCGGAUUAUAUUCAUGCCAAUUAUAUUGAUGGUUUUGGCGAGACUGCAGCUUAUAUUGCAACUCAAGGACCUACGAAAGCUACAGUUGCUGACUUUUGGCGCUUGGUGUGGGAGAAAGAGAUAUCUACCAUAGUGAUGUUAACCAAUGUCGUAGAGAAUCGAAGAGAAAAGUGCCUUCAAUACUGGCCGACGGAAAAUGAAGAAAGAUUUAAAUCAAUUACAGUUAAAAUUGUUGAAUCCUUUAAUUUAGCAGAUUAUACUGUAAGGCGGUUUGAAUUAUGCAAAGAAGGGAAUGAGAAGAGUCAUGAAACUACUCAAUUCCAUUAUACGUCUUGGCCUGACCAUGGUGUGCCAAAGCAUUCUACUUCAAUCCUUAGUUUCGUAAGGAAGUCUAGCAUUUUUCAUAGUAAUAACAAGACAGGACCAAUGCUUGUUCACUGCAGUGCUGGUGUAGGAAGAACAGGAACCUACAUUACACUAGAUGCUAUGUUGAAAAGAUUAAGAAAAGAUAAGACUGUUGAUGUUAUGGGAUUUGUUGUGAAUAUGAGAAAAAAUAGAAACUAUAUGGUUCAAACCGAGACGCAAUAUAUAUUCAUACAUGAUGCUUUGGUCGAGGCUGUAAGAUGCGGAAAUACAUCAGUUGCGGCACAUAAUUUUUCUGAAUACUAUCGCAAUUUGAAAAUGCAGCAACCGAAUGGUGAUAAAACACUGCUAGAAGCUGAAUAUUCGAAUCUUCGAAAUAUUUCAUAUGAUCGAAAAAUUUGUGAGGGAAAGAAAUCAUAUAACGUAAAUAAGAACCGAGAUAAAUCUAUAUUUCCGGAUGACGAAUACCGUGUUCGCUUAUCAAUGGUACCUGGAAUUGAUGGAUCUGACUAUAUUAACGCUGGUUAUGUUGAUGGAUAUCGUCGAACGAAGGCGUACAUUGUGACACAAAUCCCCUUAGACAGCACUAUAGGAGACUUUUGGAGAAUGAUCUGGGAACAACAAUGUCGUGUAAUUGUAGCAUUAACUACAGAAAGUGAUCACGAACUGUAUGCUAAGUACUUACCCAGCGUCAAAAAGAAGAAGAUAUUUGAAGAAAUAUCUGUAGAAGCGUUAAAACAACGUAAAAAUGAAUCUUACGUGUCAACUGAUCUAAAAUUAUUUCAUAAACAGGAGUCAGCUUCGAAAAUUGUCCGCCAUCUUCACUACCUAAAUUGGAAGAAUGAAGCUCUAUCACAGCACAGUCAAGAUAUUGUAGAUUUAAUAGAUCAGGCUGAAAAAAUACAACCUCCGAACCGAAAUAAAGCCAUGACUGUCAUUUCCAGAACUGGAACUGGCCCCGCUGGAAUGUUCAUCACACUCGCAAUAUCACUAGACAAACUUAAAACAGAAAAAGAAGUAGAUAUUUUUCAAAUAGUAAAUAAAUUGAGGAGCCAAAGACCAGGCAUUAUGCAAACACAGGACCAAUAUACGUUCUGCUAUGAAACAUUGGUAGAAUACAUGAAAUGA